AUGUCCAGAUUCAGGUUUGGAAGACAGCACGAGGGUUAUCGACUGGUGUCGAGUGACGACAGUGGGUUCUCAGACGCACAAUUUGAAGUACCACCUCCGAAAGUACCAUGGAAAGCUAUUAGUUUAGCAGCCUUUCUAUUUAGCGUUGGCACUGUACUACUAGUAAUGGGCAGUUUGAUAGUAACUGGCCAUAUAGACACUAAGUAUUCUGACCGGCUUUGGCCGAUGAUAAUUUUAGGUGGAAUUAUGUUCUUACCAGGUGCUUAUCACAUCAGGAUAGCUUAUUACGCUUAUAAAGAAUACCCAGGCUAUAGUUUUACAGAUAUUCCAGAAUUUGAGUAG